AUGGCCAACGGAUAUCCCCGUAACUUCAUCGAGCGCAGCAGGCAGUCUAAACCAGGCCAAAAUCGGGUGACAGAACAGCCAAAAGUCUGGCGUGCACUGCCAUACAUCGACGGCGUCUCUGAGGCAGUUUCCCGCUUCCUAAGGCCCUUGGGGAUCGGGAUCGCUCAUCGACCAGACUCAACCAUUCGGCAUUUGGUUAUGAGACCGAAGGCCCCCCUGCCACGAGGUGAGACGACAAACGUCAUCUUCCGGGUCCAGUGUAACUCCUGCCAAGCAAACUACGUCGGAGAGACAGGCAAACGGUUACAAACUCGCGUUAACGAACACAUGCGGGCAGUGAGGAGAAUGGACCCAUUGUCUCUGGUGGCGGAACACUGCGCGGACUCUGGACACACUUUUGCCUUCCAGAACGCCAAAAUUCUGGGUCGAGGCAACGACCGCGUAGCCAGGGAAACGAUCGAGGCCUGGCACACGGAAACAACCUCAAUAAACCGUUGCGUCGCCCUCCCGACAGCAUACCAAGCCCUCCGGACGCAGCUCAACGAACUAAAGGGCAAGCACGAGGUCAGGCCGGACGUGGAUCUAAACACGGGAGAGCCUACGACGGACCUACACGUAGCCACACCGCAAAUCGGGCCCGACGAAGGCGCAGUCAUCAAUACUGUUGUCUCAACUACUACUCCGGCAGACGGGGAGAAACGCGAUCAGAGGAAUGCAAUCAAGACUAGCAACCCAGCACGACAAUUAAGGUCAACGCGAAUGCGGGCGAUGGCCACCAACGUUCAAAUGCCGCCCCCCGACGAGAGACAGGCAGAUUGA